UUUUCAAAAAUCGGAAUGGUAGCGAAAACGGAACACUGCUCUGUCGCGUGGUAGUGUGUCGCGCAGCAGUACAAAACGCACGUCUCUGUGUGUGGGGCCUCCUAGCACAAUUCUUUUUUUUGUUCGCGUGUGCGGAAAAUUUUACAGCGACCUUCCUGUAAUCGGUAAUCGAUUGGGCGGUGGAUAUGCAACUGUGCUGUGUGUUGCGUUCCCGUGUUUCCGAUUUUUGCGAGGACCGAUAAAAGUGUGGUGGUAAACGGGCGACCGGAUCGAGUCCUAGAGUCAGCUCGGUUGGACGGGCGCUGUUUCUUUGUGAAACCGUGUUUUCGUGCCGUUUGGUCCCGUGCACUGUGGGCGUGUACGUGUGUGUGUGCGUAUGUGUGGAAAGGAAUUCCUCUUUUCACGUGUGCCAUACGUGUGUGUGAAGGUUGAUUCAUUCCAUUCGGUGGCUAACCCUAUCUGCCUUUAGCCUCAAGCAGCUUUUACGAGCUUUUCGGAAAGAAUCGUCCCCAGUCAGAGGAGUCUUCUCCAGGAAAAGAGGGACGGGCAGAGAAAAGUAUGUGUUGUGUGUGUAGUAAGCCACUCAGUUGCGGGAGCAUGUUGAGAUAUCCUCGUGGCUAGGAUAGGAGGAGGAAUCACUGCGAGCCCACACACCAGCAACGAAAAAAGAGGAGCCAACACGAAACGAAAGAAUAGUGAUCCAUCAAUAGGCAGCAACUCGUUAGCGUAGUGUCCGGGUGAGUGAGUGAGUGUGUGUGUGUGCAAGAACGUGAAGUGAAAGGACAACGGUGCCUCCGUCACUGGAUGUCCUAAAACGUAGUGCAAGUGAGCCAGUGUGUGAGGGCGCGAGUGUUCCAAGAAAUAGUGUUCAGAGCUAUAAAAUCCUUAGUGUCCAGAAGUGCGCCAUGCAUACGUGACGCGCCCCACACCACGUUCGCGUUUGUAUGCGCGUCCCACAUUGCGAGAAUCAAUUCUUUGGAUAUCUGUCUGUGAAGCAAGCACGCCGCCAGCUUCGUUGGGCCUCGUCCGUGCGGCAGGCUGCCUAGCAAGAGUCCCUCUCACAUCGGCCCGUAGUAGCUCGUUUAGCGGAAGGAUGAGUCGCGAGGUGCAGAAAGAAAAUGCAACCCCGAGCAGUACGGGCACAACCGAGGGCCACCAGUACGUCGGUCCGUACAGGCUCGAACGUACGCUCGGCAAGGGCCAGACCGGGUUGGUGAAGCUCGGUGUACACUGCGUGCUCGGGAAGAAGGUGGCCAUCAAGAUUAUUAACCGGGAGAAGCUCAGCGAGUCCGUGCUGAUGAAAGUCGAGAGAGAAAUUGCCAUCAUGAAGCUUAUCGACCAUCCACACGUUCUUGGGCUAACGGAUGUGUACGAAAACAGAAAAUACUUAUAUCUCGUACUGGAGCACGUGUCCGGAGGCGAACUGUUCGAUUAUCUCGUCAAGAAGGGCCGCUUAACGCCAAAGGAAGCGAGAAAGUUCUUCCGACAGAUCAUCUCCGCGCUGGACUUUUGCCAUUCGCACUCGAUAUGCCACCGGGAUUUGAAGCCGGAAAAUCUGUUGCUGGACGACAAGAAUAACAUCAAGAUAGCAGAUUUCGGCAUGGCGUCGCUGCAGCCGGCUGGCUCAAUGUUGGAAACAUCCUGUGGAUCUCCGCACUACGCCUGUCCGGAGGUUAUUCGGGGCGAAAAGUACGAUGGCCGUCGGGCGGACGUUUGGUCCUGCGGAGUUAUCCUGUACGCGCUGCUGGUCGGUGCACUUCCGUUCGACGACGACAACCUGCGGCAGCUGCUGGAGAAGGUGAAGCGGGGCGUGUUUCACAUACCACACUUUGUGCCGCCCGACUGCCAGAGUUUGCUGAAGGGCAUGAUAGAGGUGAACCCGGAAAAGCGACUCACUUUGGCCGAGAUCAACAAACAUCCCUGGGUGACGGCCGGUGGCAAGGGUGAGCUGGAGCUGGAACUACCCAUGAUGGAGGUAGUCCAGACGCACGUCAUCCCGAACGCGUCCGCGGUCGAUACGGACGUGCUCAAUGCCAUUUGUUCGCUCGGUUGCUUCAAGGAGAAGGACAAGCUGAUACAGGAACUGCUUAGCCCACACCAUAAUACGGAGAAGGUGAUUUACUUCCUGCUGCUGGACCGGAAACGACGGCGACCCGCCAUCGAGGACGAGGAGGACGUGCUGAGACCGCGCAACGACAUCAUCGAGAUCGCCGACCCACCCCGGAAACGGCUCGAUACGUGCCGAAUCAAUGGUAGCAGCAGUCUUUCGUACGGACAGAUCAGCGAGGGCUCGCCGCUAACCUCACGGCGGCAAACGUUCAACAAUGGCCACCGCAGUCACAGUGGUAGCACCAGUAGUGGUAGCCGUCGGUCACCCUCGUCCGUUCCACUGUCACGUAGCUCAUAUCAAAGUCCAACGCGCGGUGUCGUGGUCAACUCCUCGCAACCACUGAAUCAACUCCAUCCACCAUCAUCUCCGAAUGCGGCCUCCAACCGACACUCGAACUACUCGCCAAGAAGCAGCACCAAGUCGCAGGUCAUCGAUUCCUCCUCGCCGGUACACCAUCGGGCCAACUCCGGUCCGGCCGUUACGGUUGGUCUGUUUUCAGAAACGGACUCCAACAACAUGACAUCAUCAAUCAAUGCCAUCCCGGGCUCGCCGAUACUGGGCAGUCCACAACAGCUGCAGGCCGUCACUACCGGCAGCCAGCUGUGGAAGACACGACUGACAAACAUUAAGAAUAGUUUCCUAGGAAGUCCAAAGUUUCACCGUAGAAAAAUGCAAAUAUCAACAGAAGAAGUGCAUCUUACUCCGGAAUCAUCGCCGGAGCUGACGAAAAAGUCUUGGUUCGGGAACCUGAUGACGACCGAAAAGGACGAAACGUUCACAGUAUUAGUGAAGGGCAAGCCGCUAGCGACGGUUAAAGCUCACCUGAUCCAUGCCUUUCUAUCGAUGACUGAGCUAUCGCAUAGCGUCCUUUCGCCAAUGUCUUUCCGAGUGGAGUACAAGCGAGGUGGUACGGGGCCGACGAUGUUCCAGCGGCACGUCCGGAUACAGGUCGACAUCAACACGAUUUGCAAGCAGGGCGACGUCGGUGACAUGCUGUUCGCCAUCACGUUUACGCUCAUCUCCGGCAACAUACGCCGCUUCCGGCGGAUCUGUGAACACAUUCAGGCGCAGGUCUGCUCGAAGCGCUACCCUGCGCUGAGCAGUCCGACGAACCAGCACAACAACAAGGUGGCAAACAGUGUCGCGGAAAGUAUAUCCUGUGGGUCCGAUUCUAGCGAUCGCAUCAACUACAACAAACACAAGGAGUCUGACAUUGAGCAGGAAACGUUCUACGAUACGUCGAGCAUUGGGAAGACGCGCCGAUCGUCGGCCACCUCUUCCAACAAGAACUCGGUAUCAUCGGAUGAGAUCGAAAUCAAAACCGUACGCUCGAGCUCGGAAUCCACGGAACGUGAGCGGGAACGCAGCACGGAACGGCCGGCGGCCAUGUCCGGUAGUGCGCUGGUAUGAGAAUUAUUUCUCUGAUAGGAUUCAGCAAACAGUGGCCCUCCUGAGCUAGAGGAGGUAGCCGGACCGAAUCCUACACGCAACGCAGAACCGCUCAUCAACGCGCCGGACGUCGCCGGUGACGCAGACCUUGCGAUCGCGAUCGCAACUGCCGAAGAAACAGACGAUUCGGGCGAGCUGAUGGAGCUGAUUGCCAACCAAAUGGAGAUCUGACUAUAAACGACGCACUCCCAAUGUACGGCCUUCUCAGCGCCUUCUUCCUACAUCCUUCCUUUCCAUCUUUAAACAGUCCGGGUCCGCGCGGCAGCCCGCCCCGGGUGGUCUUCGCAUGCCUGGGCGAAAAAACCGAUACCGUUCCAGCAGCCGAACAAUCCAAUAUACUACAACAAACUACUACUAGUGCUACUUCUUACUACUUAUCGCUACUACCCAACUAGCCGAGCAUCACACACCCUGGACCCUGCGCUGGUCGAGAGUCUCAGCCGGAAAAGGCGCGACUCAGCCGGAAGCAAACGAGCAAUCGAGAGCAAAGCUAACAACUACAUUUUACGGUCAAUUUCGUAUAUCAAUCGCAUCGAGUAAACCUAGCAUCAACGUAAGCGCUACCUUCAAGUGAGAGUUAAGACACAGGACAUUGGAACUCAUUUUAAGAGACUCAUUUAAGCUAAACUAGAACGAAUAGAAACCAGGUCCCCCAAAUACAAGUAUACAAUAACUAAAACGCAACUCUGCAAGGCUUCUCUAAAUUCUACGAUUGAGUGAUUGAGCGCACGGCACCACGUUUGGUUUUUGGAGCAGCAAAAGCAGCAGUACGAUAUUACCUAUAUGACGCACAGAUAGUCGCUCGGGGAUGAAUUCUCCACCUUCAUCGCCUAACAGACGUAAACGCGUUGGAAGCAAAACUUGAUCUUGUAUGUCCACGCAUCAUCGAUUUUAGACACCGUUUGUACGUACACACUUUAGCACACAGAACAUCUUAUCUUUGUGGGCACCGAAAGAUGGAAAUGAACGAUGCAGUGCGGGAAGGAAGGGCAAGGGAAGUGUUUGGUAGAAGAAAAUAUCUGGGAGACGCAAAAACAGGAAGCUGAAGCAAGGAACUACUGUGGGAAGGACAGGGCAGUGUUGGGAAGAAGACUCGACGAUGCAAUAUUUGUACAGUACACAUUGUUGCAAUAUUGGACGCAGGCAGAGUAAGUCACGUGCCGAAACACGAAACGAAAUAUAUACAUACUUUAUCUAAGCUAGUCAAGGGACAAACUGCAAAGACAGAGGCAGGUGGUGUAGGUAAGCAGCUAAUGCAGGUUAAAGAAACAUUUAAGCUACUAGUACUAUACUAUACUCACAGCAAACACAAAGGACUACCUACUGGCUUUACAAAACAACACAAUGGUAUUCAAUGGUGACACACAGUAGCUAAAUGGAGAUGGUAAUGGAACGUUUAAAUGCUCCUUAAUAUGAAACUACAAUUACAGACUAGUCGAACACGGGGACGUCAUCUUAACUUGGAAUAACAUGGAUUGUCUGAUCCUUUCCCUGACCUCGAGUGCACGAGAACUAACACCCAACUAACCAAAGUCCUUUACCAAACGUAAACCGGAAGUAUAAGCACGUAAUGCAAAAUUUAGUCUAAUUGCUGCCAUUUCACAACCGGGGCUGAGUAGAGCGGAUGUCCGCGCGAAGGGAGUACACUUACGGAUAAGAUCAACAUUUAACAAAAAAAAAAAAAAACUCACAGUUAUAGUGCAAUUCGUAUUCGUUAAGAUUAGUGACGCUCGUUCGGCCAUACGAGUGGCAUGGAGCGUGGCAUCCAUGUUUGAAAAAGCUUUGCUUUUCCUUUUUUCAGUUUUCCGUUUCCUUCAUCUGAUGGAGCUGAUUUGUAAUAUAGAUAGUUUUUUUUUUGUAUCGUUUUCCGGCUUGCUGUAGCAUUUUAUACAGGCGGUGCAACGACACAAGUAUACCGGUAACGCGGAACGUACUAAAAAUCAAAACCAGUUGCCCAAAGAAAACCCAAGUAAUAUUGCAAAUAAUCUACCAAAACCCACGAACGCUUACUAGUUUUAUUGCCUAAACGUUGAUAGAAUGAAGCAAAACAAAACAACAACAACAACAAAAACUGAAAAGAACGCUAUUGGCUUUUUGGUAGACUCAAGUGCGGGGAAAUGUCAGCCUAUAUAGAUGGGAAUAUACUUAAUGGCCAUCUCAUAGGCAAGUAGAACUUAGACUAAGCGAUGGGGUAAGAUUUUGGGCGUGCGAGAGCUGUUCGUUAUUUUCAUAGGUAAACGUAAUGUCUUGAUUUUAUAGAAUAAUCAAAAUCACCGUGAAAAACGUUUUUCUCUUGCUUAACGCUAUAAAUUUAAUAGAUCUGACAGUUGAUUUGUCACUGAUGAGAGAUACUCAUUUACUUAAGAACUCACCCUCAUUUUCGAUUGCUGUAUGUAACACUAGUUCACAAGAACGAGCGAGUUCUUUCACGUGCAGGUUUAUGGUGGAAGGUUAGUGUCUUCAGCAACAACGGCUUCAGCUUUUCCGAGGGCUUUCACUAAGGCGCUACUAACAGACGAUUAAAGGCUCACUUAUGAACGGUCGCCGGUGUUGCAAUCGUUUCACUACUGUCCAUAGUUAAAUCUAUACAGGCUAUCAAAUAUCUAGAACCGCGGCAACGCCAACAUACCACAUUCCUACUAACAAAACGAUCGCCAUACUCAAAAGUAAGCCAUACUGCGUAGAUUCUACUGAAUCGAACGUUUGACGGUACUCACAGAGCAUCCGAAAGGACGUUAGUUAUUGGAUAUCAGAAAUCAAAACUUAUACCGAGUCGAAACCCAACUUGGAACUUUUUUAACCGCUUUUGUUUAAGUAUAACACAGUAACUGUAACGCAUGUAACACAGCUAGCAAACGCAAAUCAAAACAUCUAUCCUAACGGUUACAGCGACCCAGUAAACGGAAGGUUAAAAAAAGGGACGAAGAGGAAAAUGGAGGUGCGUAAUGAUGCUUGAGUAACUUUAAGUAUACUUUUCUCAAUUUCCUACUAAACCGGAGAGCUUAGCAGUUGAGCAGGGAAACCGUGCAGUUUGCAGAAUGGAGGUUUGGUGUGUAAGAGGACCGUGAUUUUUGCAGUCUAUUAAACCCACACAGAGACACUCACGCACACACCCACGCAUACAAGUAAAAACUGCCGUAACUGGCGUGUAUUGAGAAGGAAAAGAAGUAGACAAGUUGUAAAAAAAGCAAAUACUUUCAGAAACUUUGACACAAGAUGCGAAACACACUGCUACAACUACUAAUACUAACAAGACAAAACAAAACAAAGGUAUGCAAACACUGCUAAACGCAAAUUUGUAAUAAAAUAAUGAUGCUUAAACAAUUGUGAGGGAAACAGUAGAACAGAGAAUGAUAAAGUGUUUUUCUUUUUCAGGUUAUAACACAAGUGUCACCAUGUUUAAAACAAUGUGCUAGUAUUGUUUUGAACAUGUAGACACCUGCUGUUAUGGAACACUGAAAUGGCAAGGGCAAAAAAGCGAUAAGGAAAAAGCUUGUGCAAAUAAUAUACAGUGCUAGUCGUUAUAGUUGUUGCAAACACGAGUGGACAAAAUGGCGGUAGAAAUACUAAAUGAACAUAUGAUCGUCAAAAACGAUGUAAGAAAACUUGCUGCUGGCAAAAUGCGUGUAAAUGGACGAGUUUGAGAGCUUUGCAUUAUAUGGUGAGGGUGUAAAGGCAAUAAGGCAGUGGGAGAGGAAGAAGCGACAGGAUCGUUGACUUGUAAAUGUGAAGAAAGGGAAGGGAAGGGACGCUGGAUGUACGUUGUAUGUGUUUGUGUGAGAAGAAAAGCAAGACAGGGUAUGGCGAACGGAAAGGACAAGCUAAAAUAACCAAACAAGCGAAAACUAAAACACACUCACACACCAAACAAACGACAAAAUUGGAACAUAACAAACAUUUCAACAGUAGAUAGCACAGCGCGAUCAACAGAAGUACUUAGUUCGCAAAACACACCCGAUGGCGAGAAAUAGGUGAACACAUCAAACAAAACAUUCACCGGCAUUUAGGCGCUCACACCACUACACACAUACACACGCGCUGUUGACAGAUGGGUGUAGGACACAUUUGGGGAACAGUGCAUCCUAGCAGAGUGGUAAAGUUAUAGAAGCAAAGCAAGUAAAACGCUGCUAAUUGUAAAAUUGUGCAAAAAAAUGGAAACCAAUGUUUUUGUAUAAAUGAACACAAAUGACAUCCGGUCAACUCGGAUGGGUACAUAGUAACGGAUUCCGUUGAACAGGACGAUGACGACCGACCGAAAAAAAAAAAACGACUGUUCCCUCGUCCCCGUCCCCCGCGUCACCGACCGCGACCCCUCUUUGCCAACGGGACACGGGAGCUUCGCGGGUGUGUGUUUGUGUGCGGAGAGGGAAAUAAUAUACAAUUUCGAAAUACACGCCAUUGAAAUUAA